UUUUUUUUUUGAUUUUUUUUCGUAUAGGACAAUUAUUGGCGAUAAGUUAUAUUGGAGUCUGAGUAAGCCGUGCUUUGUUGAAGACCAAUGGUAGUAGGCUGAGAUGUUUUCGCUUCACCAAUGUGACUGCCAGUGAAUGAACGUCUUGUAGACUAUGGAGUCUCUCAAAUCACGGUUCCCAGGCAAUGAAAAGCACUGAGCUGAGCUUUACCAAGCAGCUCGCGCAAGUGAAAUUAUGAUGUGGUAUCCCAAAAAGGCGCCGCCGCUAUACAGCGAAUUUCAUCCACACCCCAAUGAGGAAAUCCAAACGAUCAAGGCGCACAGUAAAAAGUCUGGAAUCUACCAAACGCUCGCCCAUAAAAAGAAUAACGAGGGCCCCGUCGUCGCCGUGAUGGUGAAGUGAGUGCAAAGCUGGCCGCUGGCACAGUAGCUGAGAGCGAGAGCGCGAGUCGCGCAAAAGCGAAUGAGUGAGCAAGCGAAUCCGAGCCGACUGCAGGCCAAUGCAGCUCGAUCAACAGAUGCUCGCCCUUUCAGAUCCUCCUCGGCCAAGAUUCGAUGCGAGGACCAGAUGGCGCAAGCCGUUUGACGGCCCGAGUCCAGAGAGUUUGCUGCGUGGACGCUGGAGAGGGAGGUGAGAG